AUGGCGAGGCCACCGCCACAGCAAUGUGGGAAUUCCACACCGGAGCGGCCAUACAUCGAUUCGGUCCCCCGCACUCAACACGGCCCAACACCCAUGCCAUAUCCGUAUCGACAUGAGCCUCGACAGAUCAUACCCCAGAGCACGAGCUAUGGGUACCCUAUGCACGGGGCACCCCUUGGUCCAAGGCUUCCUGCCUUGGUUGUUCCUGAAAGAAGCACGGAUCCACGAUAUAUGCUCUCGUCCGACAAUGCCUACCUGAACACACAGACUAUUCCCCAAACGGUCCCUCUGCGAUCCUAUCAACACCCGGGAAGCUCUGAUGCACGCGGUUACUACAACCCAUAUGAGGAGAGAACAUACCCAAAUUCGAGCCAUGCCCGUGACUAUGAGAGUCACCGGAGCUGGACAUACGACGUGGAGUCCCACAGCAGUUCCACAGCCAUGCCCAGUCCAGUCUGGUCAGAUAAAAGCGCAGCCACCCACGCAUUCAACCCCAUGCUACCCAACAUGCACCAAGACCCGAAACCACAAUCCCGAAACGUGAACUACAGAAUGCCACACGGCUUCGACAAACUCCUCCACCAUGAACCAGAGUCACAAUCACAAUCAACCGCUCCACCACCCAGACGACGAUCCACCCAAUCCCGAUACCAUCUCCACAUCCGACAACAACCCAUUGCUGCACGAGCCUGCGGCGCAGGCGACAGAGAUCGCCGCCCAGUCGACCCACCCCCAAUCGUGCAGAUUCUCCUCACCGACUUCGACCCCAACUCACAAGAAGACCGGGAUCUCCUCCAAGACCCCCGCUUCACAGUAGGGUGUCUACUAUUCCCCGUCUCACCCUCUUUACCAUAUGCCGAACCAACAGAACCACAUGCGCGCGAGCAGGAGCGAGAUCAAGACCGGGACCGAAAUCGCGAUAGGGAACGAGAACGCGAAAGAGAACGAGAAAGAGAAAGAGAAACAGACGGUGUCGCCCGCACAGACGACAACUUCUCCACCCCAUUACUAUCCGGGAAAGCCUUCAUGUCCCCCUUCUACGUUGACGCCGACCCAGACCCCAACUCCGCUCCGGCACACCCAUCCUCCAUCACUGAUCCUCAUCUCUCCAACCCCGCGCACCACGCCUACAAACACGCUGCCUCGCGCCUCCACCAACCAGCCACCUUUUUCAUCUUCGCGGAUCUUUCGAUCCGCUCGGCAGGCCUAUACAGACUCCAGUUUCGAUUGAUGAAUUGGGGCUCUGUUGAGGACACGGGGCAGUCGAUGCCGAUUCUUGCGGAGGCGUGGUCUGAUCCGUUCCGUGUGUAUCCUGCGAAGGAUUUCCCCGGCAUGAGGGAUUCAUCGAUUCUUGCGGAGGGGUUGAAAGAGCUUGGGUUUGUGGAGUUGAAGACAAGGGGGCAUGGGAAGGGGAAGGGGAAGAAGAGGCGGUGA